CCUUUACAGAAAUCAUGUCUGGACGUGGAAAGACCGGAGGCAAAGCCAGGGCUAAGGCCAAGACCCGCUCCUCUCGUGCUGGGCUGCAGUUCCCAGUCGGCCGUGUUCACAGGCUGUUGAGGAAGGGCAACUACGCUGAGCGCGUGGGCGCUGGAGCUCCCGUGUAUCUGGCUGCAGUGCUGGAAUACCUGACUGCUGAGAUCCUGGAGUUGGCUGGAAACGCUGCUCGUGAUAACAAGAAGACCAGGAUCAUCCCCCGCCAUCUGCAGCUGGCUGUCCGCAACGACGAGGAACUCAACAAACUGCUUGGCGGAGUUACCAUCGCUCAGGGCGGUGUUCUUCCUAACAUCCAGGCCGUGUUGCUGCCCAAGAAAACCGAGAAACCAGCAAAGAAGUAAAACUGCAGGCUC